UCUCCCAGCACUGCCCCCAAACUCACAACUUCGUCUGCUAACAUCUACACCAUCUCCCCCCUUCAACGACCUCCGAACCGAACAAUAGAGUGAUAGUAGAGAGCUAUACUCCUAUCACGAAGUAAUCCCUUACCAUGGCGGCCCCCCAGGUUCACCAUCUCUUCCACGCUCCCAUUGCGGACCACUCGUUCUCUGCCGACCGUGAGACGCUGGCGAUUGCUCGCGACUCGACCAUUGAGCUGUAUGGACAGGCCGGGAACGCCUUCAAGCUCAAGGACGAGCUCAAGGGACACGACAAGACCGUCACGAGCGUCGAUAUCGCUCCCAACAGCGGUCGUAUUGUGUCCUGCUCCCAAGACCGAAAUGCCCUCGUCUGGGAGCCCUCGCCGACCGGAUACAAGCCUACUCUCGUCCUCCUCCGAAUCAGCCGCGCCGCAACCUUUGUGCGGUGGUCUCCGUCGGAAACCAAGUUUGCCGUCGGCUCGGGCGACCGUGUCAUUGCAGUCUGCUAUUUCGAAGAGGAGAACGACUGGUGGGUGUCGAAGCACCUGAAGAAGCCUAUCCGGAGCACCAUCACAUCUGUCGCAUGGCAUCCCAACUCCGUCCUCCUCGCUGCCGGGUCGACUGAUGCCCACGCCCGCGUUCUUUCCAGCUUCAUCAAGGGAGUCGAUGCCCGACCCGAGCCGACCGCUUGGGGUGAACGCUUGCCGUUUAACACCGUGUGCGGAGAAUACUUGAACAACUCUGCCGGCUGGGUGCACUCCGUUUCUUUUUCGCCCAGCGGAAAUGCCCUGGCAUUCGCUGCCCACGACAGCAGCAUCACUGUCGUAUACCCCAGUGCCCCCGAACAGCCUCCCCGGGCCGUCGUCACCAUCACCACCCAGCUUCUGCCCUUCAUGAGCCUUCUCUGGAGCUCAGAGGAUGAAAUCAUUGCCGCAGGCUACGACUGCGAAGCUUUUCGAUUCAAGGGUGGCGAGGAAGGCUGGAGCCUGGCAGGUACCCUCGAGUCCAAGGGCCGCCCCGGCCUCAGCGAUGCCCGCGAGGAGUCUGCACUCAACAUGUUCAGGCAGAUGGAUCUCAAGGGUAAGGCCAAGGAUGACACCCAGCUCAAGACGGUCCACCAGAACACCGUCACUACCCUCCGCCCCUAUGAGUCGUCAGGCGACAACCUGACGAAGUUUUCUUCAAGCGGCGUCGACGGAAGAAUUGUCAUUUGGAGCACCUAGAUUACCUUUCAUAGAAAGCUUCAAUGGAAAAAUACCACAAUGUCUCAUGCACCUGCUUCUAGAUUUUGGAUGUUCUAAUUUGUUGGCGUCCAAUAGACUAAUUACCCGGCUUUUUUUUUCUCCGGUAAAGUUGACAGAAACCCAAGUCAAACAUUUUCAUACGUAAGUUACUGAAGAACCCUCAGUCCGGGCCGUCCUCCUGGCACCAAGCGCCACCAUCGCCCAGCUCUAUAUCGACGUCAUGGAGCACCCCAACUCUGAUCACUCACCCAGUGGGUUCAUCUACGAUGUUCCCACCAGACAGCAUAGUACUGCUGCCGAUGCCGUCGAUAAUUCACCGAGCGAACCACCAUCUCCGGCACAACCUUAUCUGGCGCAGCCGCCUUGGUUUCCAUCACAGGCAUGCCCCGACACUGCGAUACGAAGCUUGCGUGCGGGCCUCUUGGCGUCUGUUGUUAUUUGCGUUCCUAUUUUGGAUGCUU